ACUGGCGAGAGGAAAAUGCGGUGAGGAGAGAAAGGAGGAAAACGACGACGCAUUGAAUGGAGAAUCGGAAGACAUCGGCAUACUAUGAGAACAGAUUGGCGCACUUUGGAGUAGUGAGCAGAGAGUGGCUCGCGCAAGCGGAGUCUGCCACCCAUCCACAUCCACAUCAUCAUGACCCUCAUCAUGAUGACCAUGACAUACAUAACGACAACAAACCCUUCUCCGUCAUCGAUGAGUUCAAUAGAUGGCGCAAACACCCCGAUUUGGCCGAGGCCGUCGCCGCCAUUCGCGCCCUCGCCGCCGUCAUCCACUCCAGCAAGGCCACCACCAUGAUGCAACUCGAAAUCCAACUCAAAAACGCCUCCGAUUCUCUCAAAAAUUGGGAUACAACCUCGAUUUCGUUGACGGCAGGGUGCGAUUUGUUCAUGCGAUAUGUGACGAGGACUUCCGCUUUGGAAUACGAAGAUUUCAAUUCAGCGAAGUCGCGCUUAAUUGAACGCGCCGAGAAGUUUGGGGAAAUCUCGUACAAGGCUCGUAAAAUUAUUGCAAUGCUGAGUCAGGAUUUUAUCUUUGAUGGUUGUACGAUUUUGGUUCAUGGUUUCUCCAGAGUUGUCUUUGAAGUUCUCAAACUCGCUGCACAAAAUAACAAACUUUUUCGAGUCUUCUGCACAGAGGGGAGACCUGACAGAACAGGGUUAAGGUUGUCCAAUGAGCUGGCCAAGCUUGAUGUUCCUGUGAAACUUGUAAUAGACUCUGCAGUGGCAUAUACUAUGGAUGAGGUUGACAUGGUAUUUGUGGGAGCAGAUGGUGUUGUUGAAAGUGGUGGUAUAAUCAACAUGAUGGGGACAUACCAAAUUGCUUUGGUUGCUAAGAGUAUGAAUAAACCAGUUUAUGUGGCAGCUGAAAGCUACAAGUUUGCGCGUCUUUACCCUCUGGACCAAAAGGAUUUGGCCCCUGCAUUGCGCCCAGUUGAUUUCGGUGUACCUAUUCCAUCCAAGGUUGAGGUUGAAUGUUCUGCCCGGGAUUAUACUCCUCCUCAAUAUCUGACUCUGCUUUUCACAGAUUUAGGUGUUCUUACUCCAUCUGUUGUCAGUGAUGAGCUCAUCCAGCUGUACUUGUAGUCAUCCAUGUAUAAUGUUCUUCUGAUUCUUCUAGAAUUUGGUCUCAGUUCAAGAUUAUGUGCUUGUGAAAUAAUUUUGUAGCAUGUACGUGCAUUAGCAAGAUCAGUAUAAUUAUAACUGGGGAUAGUUUUUGUAGUAUUUAAGGUUUCGAAGAAAUGCAAUGGCUGCAAGUGCAACCUAUAUAACUGUAUUCCCUUUGGUUCUCAUUAUGACCAGGCAGACAUCUAAAUCUAAUACCCAUGUAGCUGUUCGUAUUGUGUCUGAGGCUGAAGAUUGUUAAUUGUUGGCUUAUGUCUUCUCAUCAGGUGCUUGAUGUCUUCUCAUUUUCCGAAGAUUUGUUAACUGAUUUGACAUCUGAAAAUCGGUUCUUGUAUUAGUUGUGAAGUAACUUCUCUUCGGCUAAUUUAAAUCUUAAAUCAGAUAUAUAACUUUCCGUUUAU